AUGAAAGGGAAACACAGGAAAGAAAGGGAAACACAGAAACGAAAGGGAAACACGGGAAAAAAAGGGAAACACAGAAAAAAGGGAGACAAGCGGAGACACCAACAGUACAACAUCAGUAGGCGGAGUUACCAACAAUACAACACCAGUAGGCGGAGUCACCAACAAUACAACACCAGUAGGUGGAGUUACCAACAAUACAACACCAGUAGGCGGAGUCACCAACAAUACAACACCAGUAGGCGGAGUCACCAACAAUACAACACCAGUAGGUGGAGUUACCAACAAUACAACACCAGUAGGCGGAGUUACCAACAAUACAUCACCAGUAGGCGGAGUCACCAACAAUACAACACCAGUAGGCGGAGUUACCAACAAUACAACACCAGUAGGCAGAGUUACCAACAAUACAACACCAGUAGGCGGAGUCACCACGAUACAACACCAGUAGGCGACGUUACCAACGAUACAACACCAGUAGGCGGAGUCACCAACAAUACAACAGCAGUAGGCGGAGUCACCAACAAUACAACACCAGUAGGUGGAGUUACCAACAAUACAACACCAGUAGGCGGAGUCACCAACAAUACAACACCAGUAGGCGGAGUCAUCAACAAUACAACACCAGUAGGCGGAGUUAUCAAUAAUACAACACCAGUAGGCGGAGUUACCAACAAUACAACACCAGUAGGCGGAGUUACCAACUAUACAAAACCAGUAGGCGGAGUCACCAACAAUACAACACCAGUAGGCGGAGUCACCAACAAUACAAAACCAGUAGGCGGAGUUACCAACAAUACAAUACCAGUAGGCGGAGUUACCAACAAAACAACACCAGUAGGCGGAGUCACCAACAAUACAAUACCAGUAGGUGGAGUCACCAACAAUACAAUACCAGUAGGCGGAGUCACCAACAAUACAACAUCGGUAGGCGGAGUUACCAACAAUACAACACCAGUAGGUGGAGUUACCAACAAUACAACACCAGUAGGCGGAUUCACCAACAAUACAACACCAGUAGGCGGAUUCACCAACAAUACAACACCAGUAGGCGGAGUCACCAACAAUACAACACCAGUUUUUAAUUGA